AUGCCGGCGGGGGACGGGGGGACGGACGACCCUGGGUCUGUUCCCGGAUCUUCCACGGCGUGCGGCGAUGACAUCCGCUGGAGCUUUUCCGCCGCAGCUGAGCGUGCCUCACACAAACCCUCCGGAAUCUUCCACCCGCUUGCCCCGUUAGAACUCAUGGACUCCAGAAAUGCCUCCGGCACCAACGCCGUCAGUGCCUUCCGAGAACAGGUGCAGCGCCUCACCAAUGAGAAUGUUCAGCUGCAAGACCGUAACGAAAGGCUGUACGCCAGGGUCGGAGAGCUGCAGGAGAAGACGGGGCAGCUGGCCGGGUCGAAGACUGCACUGUCGUCGAGGCUAGUCCGCAGCGAAGAAGAGAAACUGAAGAUUUCCAAGGACCUGGUUGACUUCCAGAUCGAGAGCAACAAAAUGAGAGAGCAAUACGAGGAAGAAUGUUUCGAACUCAGGAGCACGAUCCUGGCCUUGGAGAAUCGUGUUCUUGAAGUCGAGCUCCACGAAGAGAAGACCGGCGGGGAGCGAGACGCCUUGCGGGAACGGCUGCGGGCCUUGGAGGCGAAUCGCAAGGAGCUGGCGGACGAAUACCUGGUUCUGAAGAGCAACUAUCUGGCGCUGAGCAGGGAGCACGAACAGGAAGUCACCAAGAACGAAGAGCUGAGCCUAGAGCUACUCAACUUGGCCAACGCUAGGACCUCUCGCCCCCACUGGCAGAACGACAGCCCCCAAGCCCGAGGCCAAGACGACGAGCCUUCUGCCGAACUGGAACGGGUGCGUGCCCUGGUCCACCGCCUCUCCGCCCGCAAAGUGAAGCCAGAAGAUGUGAUUGCUUCAGAACACGAACGUCGGAAAUUGGAGAAAACGCUCUUUGGGAAUCAAGAUCACGUCGCCACAGAGAUGGAAAAGAUGAAGGACAUCUACAGUUCCCAGCAACAUAAACUGGAGGAGAGAAUGGUGGCCAUGGGCAGAGAUCUGCAAGAGGCCAAGAGAGCAAUCCGGAACACGCAGCACAGGCUGGCGGAGCAGUCGGCGGUUCUCCUCAGCUCCCAAAGCCAGCUCCAGGAAGUGGAGGCCGAGAAUUCCCGGCUCCAGACGCAGCUGAAGGAGCUGAACGAAGAGUACCGAUCGCGGCUGGUGCAGUACAUCGCGGACCUGGCGGCCUACGUUGACGGUAAGUCAGUGGAGAAGACGGUGGCCGGGAAGGCGCCACCGGAAGCGGCUCACCUGAAGCGUUUCGUGGACAGCAUGUUGAAGGACAUCCGGGCGUCCCACAAGUCUCGGGAGGAGCAGCUGGCCAGGGCCGCGCGGGGCUACAAGAAGCGCCUGCAGAGCCUGGUCAAGACACACGAGAACCUGCUGAUCGCGUACCGCUUGCUGAACGAGGAGGGCUGGGCAGAGCUCAGGAAACAGCUUCGAGAGUUCACGCACACCGUGCAGGAAGAUCUGGAGAGGGAGAGGAGCCAGCUGUUGGCGCGGGCCCUGGUGGCGGAGGAGCAGGUGGCCGAACUGCAGGAGUACGUGGAUAAGCACCUCGUGAGAUACAAGCAAGAGAUUGUGAGGCUGAGGAACCUCCUGGGAACAGACGGGCCCCGAGCACUGAGUGCGGGAUCCGCCGACGCCCCGCCGAUUUCGAAACCCAGGAGGAAUCCGAGCAAUGAAAUGUAG